GUCGCGGUGGGUGUUUCCGCAUUCCGCGCAGACCUGUCAGCAGAGGCGCAAGUUGGACAGGGGGGACUGUCGCGUCUGUACAGAAGCCUUCUCAGUCAUUCCCAGAGGAAUAGCGGUCCAUCGACAGGGAGCAGGGAUGCCUUACAUGUUGAUCAGCACGCAGAUCCGACUGGAGAAUGGGCCAACAAAUGUGGGAGACGAAUACUCUGAUCCAGCUGUAAUGAAUUAUCUGGGAGCAAGGAAAACGACCAUGCUGGGAAACAAUUUCUCAGAGUACCAUGUGGACGACCCCCCUCGCUUGGUGCUGGACAAGCUGGAGAGGAUGGGCUUCCGCGUGCUGACGAUGACGGGGGUGGGACAGACGCUAGUGUGGUGCCUCCACAAGGAGACGGAGUGACCGGAGUGCUGACUGGAUCAAAACACCUGUAUCAGGCUUGGUUCUCUCUACAUUCGAACCACUGACAGCUCCUAAGUCAACCCUUUGUCAAGCGAAAAGAAAGUUCUUAAAUUGAGAUUAUCCCAGACGUAAGGUUGCAGAUUACACUCAAUAGGUGACAGGGCACCAGUUUCAGGGGGAGGCCGAACUACAUUCCAGAGAUCAAGACCUUUCGUCCAUACUGUUUGCUAUUUACCACUGGAAGCAAGUGUAGGGUGUGAGGGCCAGGUUUAUUGUUAAUGUCACUUGGCAGUAGAAUGUAAUUAAAGGCAUGUCUGUAAAUUCAGCCCAGGAAAAAGGCCUCGCCCAAGUAAAUAAAACACUGUGCACUGUGUAUCAUAUGCUCAUGAUUAAAUGAUGUAAUGAUAUGGAUUGCUUGUGCACUUAUUAAUAAAAUAAAACAAUUUGC